CGGCCAGGCGGGGAGGAGAACGCCCGCCCCCCGCGGGGCCGCCAGGGGAACAUCUGGGCGGCCGCGCCGCCAACAUCUGGAGCGGCCGCGGCGCAUCCCCCGGGAGCCGCGGCUGGAGGGAGGCUCCUGCCCCCGGCGCUGCCCGGGCCGGCAGCGACACCCCCGGAGGAGGGGAAGGAAGAGAAGAAGGGGCUGCGAGGAGGGCGCUGCACAGGUAUUGCCUAGCAGGAAACCAUGGGCAAUUUCAAAGGGCAUGCCCUCCCUGGAAGCUUUUUCCUUCUUUUUGGCUUAUGGUGGUCAGUGAAGUACCCACUGAAGUACGCGUGUCGAAAAAACAAGAACGCUUGCUACCUUGGUUCCAGGGCAGGAUUCCAGCGCCUGGAGUUUGUUGAGGGCAUCAUCAAAGCUGUCUUUGCCCUCAUUGGGAUGGUGGCUGAGCAGUUUGUUCCUGAUGGACCUCAUCUGAAGCUGUACAACUAUGAGAAGAAGCACUGGGAUCACUUGAUGAACUGGCAGCAUGCCACCAUGUACCUCUUCUAUGGCAUUUCAGGGCUGGUGGACAUCGUGGCACACGGGACCAAUGCGCUGCCAGCAGCCAUGGACAGGAUGAUGCUUUCCUUAGCAGUCUUUAUUGAAGGUUUUCUUUUCUGCUACCAUCUUCAUGGGAGAGCCAUGCUGGAUGUUCAUGUUCAUCAGUUACUGCUAUUUGCUAUCUUUGGGGCUGCUGCCUGCAUUUUUUUGGAAGUGUUUUUCCGUGGCAGUAUUGUGCUAGAGAUGCUCCGUACUAGCCUCUGCAUAUUACAAGGCAGCUGGUUCUGGCAGAUUGGCUUUGUGCUUUAUCCUCCAAAUGGGAGCCCAGAGUGGAAUCAGAUGGAUCACACUAACAUGAUGUUCCUGACCAUGUGCUAUUGCUGGCAUUAUGCCUUUGCUUUUCUAAUACUUGCAGUGAAUUACACAAUUGUCAGCUGGGCAGUCCGUUCGAAGGUUAAGCAGUCCCAAUCCAUGGAAAUGGGUUUACUGAAAACAUCUGAACGAGAUCACGAGUCAGAAGAAGAAAUUUAGCAUGAGUAUAGCUUGACCAGUUCACCCACUCCAACCAUUAGGCUAAUUGAUACCUCAUUUCUACACAUUUUUUUGCCAUCUUAUUAAUUCUUUACUACAACUUGCUUUUCAAAUAUCAAUCCCCUAUGAUGUCAACAUCUAAUACACAGUUAUAUACAUAUCUUUUUUUUUUGUGAAGGGUAAGCUUGAUACGGAUUUAUGCUGGUUGCACCAAUACCUUGCUUCUCACAUGCUUCACAGAAAAUCAGACUAGUAUGAGACAGACUUGGUGUGGAUGAGGUGGCACAAUGAAAUCUGUAUGUUUACCUCAUUAAAAGCUAAGCAAAAUGCUUUUCAGCCACUGCUGGACAUAAAGUUUUCAUAAUUAGGGUGUCUAGGUAUGCAUGUUGGUUGCCCUGCAAGUACCUGUGGAUAAACAACCGUGCAGACCUGGAAAACAGCAGAACAAGAUAAAGAAACCACAGUCUUGCAGCUGUCUUUGUUUCUGCUUGUGUGGCUUUAACUUAAACAGAAAAAACUUCUCAAUGUGAACACAUUGAGAGCUCACUGAAGAGUUUGUAGUGUGCUCACCCCUGCCAGAGACACCACCAAGCCUGCCAGGAGGACCAAAGAUGUGUAAUGUGAUCAAAAACCAGUGUUUCAUGUUGUUCAUGCUUGUGCCUAGACAGUCCUGUCUCUUUGCUAUCCUUUGACUUUGCAAGGCUCUGGAAGUGGCUCUGCCUUCCCUUGGUGCCUGGAACAAUUUCUUUUCCAGAAAGGCUGAGGGGUGUCCAGUCAAGCAGCACCUAACUGCAAAACCAGCUUGUUUCCCAGUGUUAUUUUCUUUCCUUUGAUGGAAUUUGGUGGUUUUCUGCAGGACUCAGAGCAGACACAUGACCCACCACCUGAGUCAGGAGUGGGUAAUUCUGCUCUGUGGGCAGGAUGAGAGCGUUUUGCAUCCCUUUCCCCGUGUCACCCCCUCAGUCACCAGGCAGCCUGACAGUGCUGCACAGUGAGCUGUGGGAGGGCAGAUGUUGCCUUCUCAGUAGCUCCAUACCUAGCUACCAACACCAGUGAGGGAAUUAAAAAAUAACACCACUUUUAAUUGCAUUUAUUUUCUCCGUGAAAACUGGUCUAGUGGAAAGCACAGUGUUCAUGGCCAAUGGCAGCAAACUGAUUGAUUAAAAAAGCUAGCUAAUAAAAUAGUUAGUACCUCAAACGGAUCCCAAGAUGCAAAAAAAUCUUUUCAGGCUUUUUCUAAAACUACUUUACCUUCAAUGCAAUAUAAAUAUUUACUUCACUUUUAAGAUCUACCUUUUAUCUCCCCUUUUUUCAAGGAGCACUUUUAUUAGCUGUUAAUGCUGUAUUUUAGUCUGUCAGUUUUGUCAGUGCCUGUCCAAAAUCAGUGGUGUUGUUUAUUCUGAAGGAGAUCAUCAGAAAGUACUUUGCUUCUCACAGGCAGGAACAAUGCAAAUUUCUUCACUGCUUUUCUUGAUAAAUACAUUUAAUGCUGUGCAAAUGUUAAGGUGCUGUAUCUCUAAACUAAAGGGAUAACUUAAGCAGGAUGGAAAGCACAAUAAACUGUCUGAGCUUUUGUAUGUCUUCUUAGAAGACUUCAGUUGUUAAUUUUUAAAAUUAUUUUAGAUGUUUGCCAAGUAUUGUGAAGUAACACCUGUGACCAGGUGUCAGAUUAUCCAGAUGAAUCUUCUUUGGAAAGCAAGAGCAGUUGGCUCACGUACAUUUCUACAUUUAGAAAUGUCAAAGAGGAAAUUGCACAUUGCUAGCCAAAGAUCACUGCUUUUCUUAGCAGCCCUUUUUCAAUGCCUUUCUCUGAAGGCUCUUGGAGAUUUUGGCAAGCUUUAGCAAAGCCUGUUUUUGGACAUUCUGGUAUUGGUAUGGUUUGUCUGUAGCUCUCUGUCUCAGCUUUACAGUGGUCUUUCUACAGAAUGAAAUAACUCUAUUUACUCCACUCUGCAAAUCUAAGACUCGAGUUUGCUUACUGUGGUUCCAUUAAAAUCAGAUUUUCUGUAGCAGGAAGAUCCAUGGCUUCCCUGAGGAUCUUGCCAGUUAAUUGCAGCAGGGAUACAUUUGCCAAACGUAUCCCUGUUAUGAUCUUACCCCCACUGCGCUGCAUCACUGCUGUCUCUAAAUUGUGGGGAUUUUUUUAAAGGGCAGAUCUUUUUGCCUGUUAGAAUGCUUGAGCCACAAAGCUUCUGUAGUGCUGGGCAGAGAAGAUGAUGGUUGUGCAUCCAAGAGAAUUUGGGGAUUAUUACAAGAGUCUGUUGUAAUAAACCAAAAUCAGCUGAUGAAUGGGUGAGCUGUGCACAUGGAAGGUGUUUAGCCAAAUCUCAUUUUGAAAGAAGUUCCCUGCUUUUACAGAAGGAAAAAGUGAUAGUAUUUGAACUCCUUGGCCAGAGAAAGUCUGCCUGACACCGUUCCUCCCCUGGAGGAGCCUGGGGACUCUGACUCCAUCCUUACCUGUAUUCAGCAGUGGCUAUAGAGCUGGGUCUUUGGAGAAAAACUGAGCAGGAUUUGGCCUGCUGAGAGGUAUCACCUGCACCUCCCUCUGUGUCCCUGCUGUGAAUCUCCUGUAAAUGAUUACAGAAUAAGCCCAACACAUCUGCUGGUUUUAUUUCACCCAGCUUAGCAAAAACACCUCUAGAAAGAAGCCCAAACUGGAGGCUGAUGUAGUCUGUGACACAGAACUGGAGAGCAGGCUGUGUGAAAAAGGCUCUCUCCUCUCAUUAGAAAAUGUGCCAUUACAUUAUCAGCCUUCUCAAAGCCUCAAAGAAACAGUAGUCUUCUGAAUUUAAUUUUUAAUUCUUACAGUACAAGCAAAGUGAGUGUUGUGGUGGGGGUUUGUGCCUGACAAAUUUAUGGUGCCACAAAGGAAAGAAACACCUUAUUUCAGAGUGGGGUUUUGCUACUUGGAACGUCUGUCCCAUUCUCCUGUGUUCAAAAGAGAUGCCCAGGAACAGUAGGGCACCUACUACAAUGAAAAAGAUACAGCCUUCAUCAUUUCACAAGCGACAGGUAUUGCCUGAGUUGGAUGAGGGGAGGGAAGUCCGACAAGUUUACAAACACCACUCAGAAAAAGAAAGCUGCUUUCAAGAAAAUUUAAAUUAUUUUUUAAAUAUUGGUGCCUUUGAAAAACUAUGGUAGUUUUUACUAGACAAAAUACACCUGUAAUUUUAUUUAAAUAAAAUAGAUUUA